AUAGUAUGACGCUGUUAAGCACCUGUUAUCUAACAUAUUUUUUCAAGUUCCUUUAGGCGAGAUUUUAACAAAUAAACAUGAGUUUUUUAAAGAAUUUUAAGAUUGUGACAGUAGCUCCACUGCGCUACUCUUCAACCUCAACACAUUCCCACCGCCGACGGGUGGUGAUCACCGGCAGUGGAGCUGUGACACCACUAGCCAACAAUGCGGCGGACUCCUGGCGUCGCAUCCUGGCCGGCGAAUCAGCAAUCUCCAAGCUAGGCCCAGAAUUCAAAGGAUUGCCCUGCCAAGUGGCUGCACAAAUACCAAAGGACUCCCUUCAGCUGGAUAAACACCUGAGCAAGUCGGACAUUAAGCUGAUGAGUCCAGCCACCCAAUUGGCGGUUCUGGCGGCAGAGGAGGCCCUGACCACCGGACGCCUCAAUCCCAAGGAGUUGAGCCAGGAGCAAAAGGAGCGCUUCGGCGUCUGUGUGGGCAUGGGAAUGUUCGAUCUUGCCGAAGUCUAUGGCACCUGGAACCAGCUGCAAAGAGGUUACAAUAGAGUAAGCCCUUUUUUCGUGCCCCGACUCCUGCCCAGCAUGGCGUGUGGCCACAUCAGCAUGCGACAUGGUCUCCGAGGACCCAACCACUCAGUCUCCACGGCGUGUGCAACGGGUGCUCAUGCCUUGGGCGACGCCAUGAGAUUCAUCCGGAAUGGAGAUGCUGACGUGAUGCUGGCGGGAAGCGGCGAAGCCUGCAUAGACCCUCUAUCCAUCGCCGGGUUCUGCAGACUAAGAGCUCUGAGCACCGCCUUUAACGACAAUCCCGGAGUAGCCUCCAGGCCCUUCGACAAGUCCCGAGAUGGUUUUGUAAUGGGUGAGGGAGCUGCAGUGCUGUUGCUGGAGGAACUGGAGCAUGCCCGCGCUCGAGGGGCACCCAUUUUAGCGGAACUCUUGGGCUACGGCUUGUCGGGCGAUGCCUAUCACAUAACAUCGCCCAGCGAAGAUGGGACUGGAGCAACGCUGGCCAUGAAGCGGGCCCUCCAAGAUGCAGGAAUCAAGGCCGAGGAAGUCACCUACGUGAAUGCCCAUGCCACCUCAACACCCACUGGCGAUCGCAUCGAAUCCCAUGCCAUUUCCCGGGUUUUCGGUGAUCAUACUUCAAAUGUAAGGGUUUCCUCGACGAAGGGAGCCCAUGGCCAUCUUCUGGGCUCCUCUGGGAAUCUGGAGGCACUGUUUGUAGUCCAUGCGUGUGCGGACAACCAGCUUCCGCCCUCCAUCAACAUAGAGCAGCUGGAUGUGGACGUCGAUGUUGUAACCAAGUCCGUGGAGUGGUCUCAGAAUCAGAGUCGUCGCAUCGCCCUAAAGAACUCGUUUGGCUUUGGAGGCACUAAUGCCUCCUUGUGCAUUGCCAGCUAUUCGGAAUAGAAGGUCCUUCGAAAUUUGUUAACUAUUUUUACGUCAGCAAAACAAAAAAAAAUUCACGUAAAUAAAAUCCUUAGAUGUUGGCAUAUUUUUAGGAAAAA